CAUCACUGUGCAGUCUGGGUAGAUUGGCCUUUGCGCUCGCGACUGAGUGCACGCGCCUCCCAAGCGGGGCGUGGCCGCGAGUGGGUGUGGCUUCUCCGAGGUGGGUGGGGCCUGACUCACGAUAGGAGGGCGAGUUAGCUGCCAGCUGUGGUCGGUCAAGAGCCCGCCACUCCAGGCGCGAUGCUGUUCUGGACUGUGCUCAGCAUGGCUUUGAGUCUGCGACUGGCACUGGCGCGGAGCGGCAUAGAGCACGGUCCCACAGCAUCAGCCCCCCAGGGGGACCUGUUGUUCCUGCUGGACAGCUCAGCCAGCGUGUCACACUAUGAGUUCUCAAGAGUUCGGGAAUUUGUGGGGCAGCUGGUGGCUACGAUGCCUUUCGGACCUGGGGCUCUGCAUGCUAGUCUGGUGCACGUGGGCAGCCAGCCUCACACAGAGUUUACUUUCAACCAGUACAGUUCAGGCCAGGCUAUACAGGAUGCCAUACGUGUUGCACCCCAACGUAUGGGUGAUACCAACACAGGCCUGGCACUGGCUUAUGCCAAAGAACAAUUGUUUGCUGAGGAAGCAGGUGCCCGGCCAGGGGUUCCCAAGGUACUGGUGUGGGUGACAGAUGGGGGCUCCAGUGACCCCGUGGGCCCCCCUAUGCAGGAGCUCAAGGACUUGGGUGUCACCAUCUUCAUUGUCAGCACUGGCCGAGGCAACCUGUUGGAGCUAUUGGCAGCUGCCUCAGCUCCUGCUGAGAAGCACCUAUACUUUGUGGAUGUGGAUGACCUUCCUAUCAUUGCCCCGGAGCUUCAGGGCUCCAUUUCUGAUGCGAUGCAGCCACAACAGCUUCAUGCCUCGGAGGUUCUGUCCAAUGGCUUCCGCCUGUCCUGGCCGCCCCUGCUGACAGCGGACUCUGGUUACUACGUGCUGGAGUUGGUGCCCAGCGGCAAACUGGUAACCACAAGACGCCAACAGCUGCCCGGGAAUGCUACCAGCUGGACCUGGACAGAUCUCAACCCGGACACAGAUUAUGAAGUUUCGCUGCUGCCGGAGUCGAACGUGCGCCUCCUGAGGCCGCAGCACGUGCGAGUACGCACAUUGCAAGAGGAGGCCGGGCCAGAACGCAUCGUCAUCUCGCAUACUAGGCCGCGCAGCCUCCGCGUAAGUUGGGCCCCCGCGCUUGGCCCGGACUCCACUCUCGGCUACCUUGUACAGCUCGGACCUCUGCAAGGCGGCUCCCUAGAGCGCGUGGAGGUGCCAGCAGGCCAGAACAGCACUACUAUCCAGGGCCUGACGCCCUGCACCACUUACCUGGUGACUGUGACGGCCGCCUUCCGCUCUGGCCGCCAGAGGGCGCUGUCGGCUACGGCCUGUACGGCCUCUGGCGAGCGGACCCGUGUUCCGCAGUCCACGCGGCCGGAGGCCGGACCGCGGGAACCCUAAACUGCCUGCCUCGUCCGCCCGAGGGACCCUCUUCCCUAGCCCAGUGACAGAGGCACUGCUGCUCGUGGUUUUUCUUGUGGAUGGAGUAGGGUGGGGAGAUGGGAUGCCAAUCCUGCCUUUGACCAGAGUAAUUCCUCAGGUCAUUUCCCCACCGGUCAUCACUGCCCUUGCCUGACUUCCGGGAAACCUGUGGCAACCCUGGUAGCGUCACGCGCAAUGGCAAUCCUCUCCGGUUGCUAGUGGAGUUGAGCACACGGUGGUCCUUGGGCAACAUUUGGCGAGGGGAUGGACAGUGUCUGAGGUCAGGUUGAGGACAUAAGACCCAGGACAAGCAUUCAGGAGAGGAGGCCACAGAGUUUCCAACCUGUGCCAAAGGCUGGGUCCUCUGGUGGCAAGGACUACACAUGACUUGGAGGAGGUGUUUAGGACCAUUCAGGUCCUGCCCAUGCCCAGGAGAGACUAGUGUAGGCAGGGUUCCCAAAAACUUCCUUAGGGAAAGAAAAGAUAGGGAGGGAUACUGGGAGGCUGGUAAUGUUGCCAGUUAGUUUCCUUCAAGACUUCCUGCCAGCCUGGAGGCCAGGAUCUGUCAGGGUCACUGACUCUGUCUUCCUGCCCAGGACCUGCACUGGGCCCUACUAUCAGUGCCAGAGAUGCAGAGUCUUUUCACAGGAAUGGGAUGAGACCUUGGCAUUUAGGAUCUUGGGGAUAGGAGAGCCCUGCUAGGACAAAUUCUGAGAAAGUCUCCUGCUUUAGUGUGGGGACCAAGGUGUCAUGUAGGUGGGCUACCUCCUGUCAUCACCAUUACCCUGGGGCAUCUGACAGAUACCUAAGGGUGGUCAGGAACAGGUUUCCUCUCAAGUCCCUAUGUAGGCAUAGCCUCUCCUCCCAGAAUCACUUGCCCUAACCCAGGCUAGCUUCAUCUCUCUUCCCCACUAAUGACCCAGACUCUAACAACAAUACAGUAAGCCAGACAUAAACUGUGCUUGCAGUCUUAUUAAAAUGCUUUAUUUUUCAUCAAAACUUUCCCCAGCUAUAUACAGCUAUGUACAGCUAUGUAUGGGCGGCAUGAAAGGUUGAGCGUACAGGGUUUGUCAUGUCUGGGGAAGGGGGAGGCAGGUCUGCAAUAUCUGUACACUGAUCAUUCAGCGUUCUGUCCCUCCAUGUUUCCAGCCAGCUGCGUACCAGGGCCUCGCUUCUGCAGCCUGGGAUCCAGUGUUUGCAGUAGGUCAGGUUGUUGCUGUUACAACUCAGAGGGCAGGAGGCUUUGAAGGGGUGUCCCUACCACAGCCUGUGCUCUACUGCACACUGCUCAGCCCUCUGCUUCUGUGUUCUCCUUACACUACUGUUGCUUCUAGUGAGAUCCAGGAGCUAAGUAUUGAGAGAGGUGAGGUAGACCUUGGGUAUGAACUGAGUAGAGAUGGCCUCCCUGAGAACUUGCCUACUACCAUUUCCCAAGAACCUGAGGGAGCACUGUAGGGCUCAUCCUGAACAGCAAAGAAGCACUGGCUAUGCACUGAAUGUGUUGUAUUUGUGGGAGGUGGCUGUUUUUGUGAUGAUGGCUUGAGAUACAAGGACCUAGCCUGCUGAUGGAGCAAAAGCCACUGGGGUAUGUGUGUUUGGGAGGGGGAUCCCCUCUCCAUGAUUCCUUGUCAGGGCAGGAAGCCUAUGUAUGCACCUACAGAUUUCAUAUCCACACCUUUACCUAUUGGUCAAUAGUUGGCGAUGGAACUCAGAUAUUUCCUGUGACCUCAGUUACAAGUCCAGAGUCUGAGACUAUCUGUAUCUAGAACAGAUUUAGGUUUGGCAUAGUGGCCUCACAUUCCCCUAAAAUACGGAAAUUCCUCUAAGCAA